AUGCGUGUGUCUCGCGGGGGCAGCGGCAAGGAGGAACCGAUGCGCCGCACGCACACGUGUACGUGUAUGUCCGCCGUCGCUCUCCUUCUCGUGGCAGCCGCGGCCACGACGGCGGCACCCGCAAAAGCUCCAGUCGGCGACGGCGGCGGCGGCACGAACACCAGCGCCCGCCGAUUUCCAAAGUUCGGACUACGUGCGUCCGCCGCCGCGCCAGCAGACGCUUGCGCGCCAGCUGGUGCCCCCAGAUGCGUCGACGGCGCGAGUGACAAACUUCAACUCUGCCUGCAACGUGCGAAUCGCUCCAUUUGGGAGGGCGUUCUCUCAAACCAGCGCGGCAAUCCCACAGAGCGACCGGAAUGGGACGGAAUCGACUGGACACCGGUGGGCAAGGCUGGGCGCUUCAAAACGAGGCACGAUGUGACAGAGAGAUUCCCCGUGGGCAUGCGUUCGUACGCAGAAGUCAUCCGCUGGCAGAUGGCACCUUACGCGAAUAUAACCAGUCAAAUGGUCGACGCUGCCUGGAGCGUUGCCAAACAGAAGACGUCAGCGAGGGUGACGAUCCGGGCCGGAGGCAUGCGCGUUCUGAAUUCUGGCAGUGACAUCGGAAGAAGAGCGCAGGUGCUUGAGAUUCUUCGGGAGGUGCACCGGGACUCGCCGCUGCCCGAUGCUGACCUCAUCAUCUUGUUCUCAGAUUUAGCUCCGGAACAAGAGUGGGCUCCUGUGCAAUCUGGGUCGGAGCUUCGCCGCGCUCCAAUCUUCAUGGCUUCUCGCAGAUCGGAGGACUCGCGCAUCCUGUUGCUGCCAGACCACACUUUCCCAGAAUUCUGGGACCUUAUCGAACGCAAUGAGCACUUCUUGCUGAGUGCUGAGAAGGACUUCUCGCAGCGGAUACCCAAAAUGCAUUUCGUGGGCACCAGAAAUACAUAUCGAAACUCCGCCUGGUGCUUAGGCGCUGCGACCGCCAAUGGCUCCAUGAUGACCGGGCUUCUUACCGAAGCCAUCGGAUUCAGAGGGGGAGUUGAAAAAUGCGAUCUCCCCACGUGGCCAGAGCGGCAAGGCCGCAGCGACGCAUGUCACUACCAGUACCUGCUUUCUCCGGGGGGUGGUACCUGGCCUUCCUACUCCAACCGAUUCAAGAACCUCUUCGCCUGUGGCUCAGUUCCUGUGGUCACAAACACGGACUGGUACGAGUUCUUCUACCCACUGCUUCGCCCACACCACGAUUUUGUCCCUGCCGAGAAUGCACUUGGCUCUCUUUCCCGAUAUGUUUUCCCUACCGCCGAGUGCUUGCGCCAGUCGCCGCUUAUCGCCAAAAACAUAGCAGCGAACGCACGACAAUUUGUCAAGCAGCAUCUUUCGAAACGCGCCGUCAAGCAGUAUGUGCGCGAUCUUCUCGUUGCAUACUCGAAGCGCAUGUCAAUUCCACGACGCGGCCCAAAUAGAGUUACAAAGGGGGUUCAGUAG